AUCGCAUGUGAUGAAAGCGCCAUGGUGGCCGUUUUCCAUCACACGAAAGUGGCUCCAUCAGAGAGCACCGGAUUCUUUCUUUCUGUUUCCUUCCACUACGAUCCGUGUGGGAGAUCAAUUAUGGGGGCGUACAAGUAUAUGCAAGAAUUGUACCGCAAGAAGCAGAGCGAUGUGCUUCGUUUCUUGCUGCGUAUCAGAUGCUGGCAAUACCGUCAAUUGACCAAGCUACAUCGUGCCCCCAGACCAUCCAGACCUGAUAAGGCUCGUCGUUUGGGUUACAAAGCCAAGCAAGGUUUUGUUAUCUUCAGAAUUCGUGUACGCCGAGGUGGGCGCAAGCGUCCAGUUCCUAAAGGUGCGACUUAUGGCAAGCCCAAGAGCCAUGGUGUCAAUCAGUUGAAACCCACCAGAAAAUUGCAGUCAGUUGCUGAAGAACGCGUCGGUCGCCGUUGCGGUGGAUUGCGAGUGCUAAACAGCUACUGGGUGGCCCAAGACUCUUCAUACAAAUAUUAUGAAGUAAUUCUGAUCGAUCCUGCUCACAAGGCAAUCCGUAACGAUCCUAAAGUGAAUUGGGUAUGCAACGCGGUGCACAAGCACCGUGAACUUCGUGGUAAGACCUCCGCUGGUAGAAGCUCGCGCGGAUUAGGCAAAGGACACCGUUAUUCACAAACGAUCGGUGGUUCGCGCCGUGCCGCUUGGAAGCGAAGAAAUACGCUAUCUCUUCGCAGAAAGCGAUAAUUAUGUCAUUUGUAACUUUCACGCAAUGCAAGAUACAUCAUUUUAUUGUUAUACAUUACGUCAUAUCAAUAUUGUGGCGUAUCCUGUAAAAAAAAUAAAUAUCUUUUUCUUUAA